GUCUCAGCAUGGCCAAUGUCCCCUCUAAAGCGGAUUUUCAGGCUGACAGAAUAAGCCCCGUGAAGGCUGCGUGUGAAGGCCGUGUGCUUGGAGGCCAGCAGCCCUGUCCCGCCUGCACGGGGCUCCCGCUCGGCAGCGCCGCCGCGGAGAGGCUGGCAGCCGUCACCCGGCAGCUGCGCUCCCAGACCAAGAUCAUAGAAUUGCUCACUCAGUCUGUGAAUCAACUGAAGCAGGAGAAAGAGUUCCAGCAGCAGCGGAUCAAUAACCUGGAAGAGGAUGUUCAGCGGUUGCAGAACAGCUCUUACAGUAACUUGGAGACCUUGCUGAGGAGGAUAGACGAGCUGAAAAGCAAACACCAUAAACAGCAACAGCAAGAGUUUCGCCAGCCUCAUGCUGACUGUGGAGCUCAUCUAAACCCCUGUGCCAACAGGCCUGGAGAAAUGAAAGUGAACAGUGAAAAACUGCUGUGGCAAGAUCAUGUGUGCAUGAGGAAAGAGCUGGAGCAACUGAAGCAUAAAGUCGAUCAACAAGAGGAAGAGCUGUUGAACCAGAUGUCUGCAGCUGAUGCAAUCAAGAGAGCUCAAAGUCGGUGCUCCAUGGUAUUGGAAGAUCUGUUGAACGGCCACAAAAAACAAUCUUGCAGUUUAGACCAACACAGGAUGGAACUGCAGAGCACCCAGCAGGAGCUCAGCCACAUCAGAUCUGCAGUCGCUGACCUAAAAGAUCAAGUGAAAAGUCUGUUCUUGAAGGAGAUGCCAUCCACUGAGCUGGUAGAGAAGCACAGCGUUCAUUGGAAGAGAAGCAAGGACUUGCUGGGAGAAGCAGAGGGUUUUUCUCCAUCCUCAGAUGAAGAUUCCACCUCAGAACUCAGCCUCAAAGGCUUGAACUCUGACGAGCUUUCCAGCACCCUAGAGAUCAAGGUGCCUGAAGAUUCUCAAGAUAUCUCCACAGUGUGCUGUGAGCUGGAGGAGAGUGAUGCUGGAGAAGAGGCUGGCGAUGUGCUGGAUGUAGACGACGACCUCAGCAGUGACCUGUCUGCCUGCCUGCCUGAACUCCAGCUGAGUGACCUUUAAUGCUCAGCCAGAGGAAGCCCACCUUACCCCAGGGAGCAAAUAAACGGUGGAAAGGAUAUUGAUUUCACUGGAAGGGCAAAUUCCUCAGGGCUUGGUUGGCUACCUGGACUCACCAGAACAGGGAGUUAUAAGGUGUGGGACUGACCCGAGGGAGGCCACUCGAGGAAGGGAAAUAGCCAUUUUGAUAUCAGUUGCUCACCAUCUCCCACACCCUGCCGAAGACUUGAGCUGUUGGCUGGCAUCUCCUGUUGUCCUGCUUAGGCCUCCACUCUCCCCAUUUACAGCACAGCUCUGUGCAUCCUCUUCCUCGAUCCCAGGUGGUGGCUGCUGGAACUUAGCUGGAUUAGAUUGUGCAAUUUGGGGGGACUGUCCACUGCAAGACCAGAACCAGUAUGGACUGAUGAUAAGGCCGCCCUCACUAUGAGGCAAGUGUUGGUAAAUUCAUAACCUUUUCUGAGGCACGAAAUAGACUGAGAAAUAUUGUUCUUUGAACAGAGACUCUCAUGUUCAUCAUAAAGGGGAGAGUUGUAUUUUC